CCGGAAAAUGGCGGCGGGAAUGGGCCAGAGCAGUGCCUCGCUGCCCGCCUGGCCCGGGCUGUGGGUCGAGCGCCGCGCCUGCCUCGGGGUCCUGGGGCCUAGUUGAGCCCGGAGGAGGAAGUCCCUAGGAGGAGAAUGGAGGGAAGGCCGAGGGAACAAGUGCAGAACAGGAUAAUCGGUUCAGCAACAAACAGAAGAAACUACUGAAGCAGCUGAAAUUUGCAGAAUGCCUAGAAAAAAAGGUGGACAUGAGCAAAGUAAAUUUGGAGGUUAUAAAGCCUUGGAUAACAAAACGAGUAACAGAAAUCCUUGGAUUUGAAGAUGAUGUUGUGAUUGAGUUUAUAUUCAACCAGCUGGAAGUGAAGAAUCCAGAUUCCAAAAUGAUGCAAAUCAACCUGACUGGGUUUUUGAAUGGGAAAAAUGCUAGAGAAUUUAUGGGAGAACUGUGGCCUCUGCUGUUAAGUGCACAAGAAAACAUCGCUGGAAUCCCUUCUGCUUUCUUAGAACUGAAGAAAGAAGAAAUAAAACAGAGACAGAUUGAACAAGAAAAAUUGGCAUCGAUGAAAAAGCAAGAUGAAGACAAAGAUAAAAGGGAUAAAGAAGAAAAAGAAAGCAGCAGAGAAAAGAGGGAGAGGUCUCGAAGCCCAAGAAGACGCAAAUCCAGAUCUCCUUCCCCUAGAAGACGAUCUUCCCCUGUCAGGAGAGAGAGAAAGCGCAGUCAUUCUCGAUCUCCCCGUCACAGAACCAAGAGUCGGAGUCCUUCCCCUGCGCCAGAAAAGAAGGAAAAAACUCCAGAACUCCCUGAACCUUCAGUGAAAGUAAAAGAACCUUCAGUACAAGAGGCCACAUCUACUAGUGACAUCCUAAAAGUUCCCAAGCCUGAACCCAUGCCAGAACCUAAAGAACCUUCUCCAGAAAAAAAUUCCAAGAAAGAAAAGGAAAAGACCCGGCCAAGAUCUCGGUCACGUUCCAAAUCAAGGUCCCGGACCCGUUCUCGCUCUCCUUCUCAUACUCGACCAAGACGGCGCCAUAGGUCCCGAUCGAGAUCAUACUCACCUAGAAGGCGGCCAAGCCCAAGAAGGAGACCAUCUCCUCGAAGAAGAACUCCACCAAGACGAAUGCCUCCUCCUCCAAGGCAUAGAAGGAGUAGAUCUCCAGUAAGACGAAGAAGGCGUUCAUCAGCAUCCUUGUCUGGGAGUAGCUCAUCAUCAUCUUCAUCUCGUUCCCGGUCACCACCAAAGAAACCUCCUAAGAGGACAUCCAGCCCCCCUCGAAAAACUCGUAGGUUAUCUCCAUCAGCGAGUCCUCCAAGACGAAGGCACAGGCCAUCGCCUCCAGCUACUCCACCACCAAAAACUCGUCAUUCCCCAACACCCCAGCAAUCAAACCGUACAAGAAAAAGUCGUGUUUCUGUGUCUCCAGGGAGAACUUCAGGUAAAGUGACAAAACAUAAAGGUACUGAGAAAAGAGAAUCACCAUCACCAGCACCAAAGCCUAGAAAAGUAGAGUUAUCUGAAUCUGAAGAAGAUAAAGGCGGCAAAAUGGCUGCAGCCGAUUCUGUGCAGCAGAGACGCCAGUACAGACGACAGAACCAGCAGUCUUCAUCUGACUCUGGCUCCUCCUCUUCCUCUGAAGAUGAGCGACCCAAGCGAUCCCAUGUGAAAAAUGGUGAGGUCGGGAGGCGGCGGAGACAUUCCCCUUCCCGGAGUGCAUCUCCGUCACCACGAAAGCGCCAAAAAGAGACUUCCCCUCGGAUGCAGAUGGGAAAGCGAUGGCAAUCGCCAGUGACUAAAAGUAGUAGACGGAGGAGAAGUCCCUCCCCUCCCCCCACCAGAAGACGCCGAUCUCCUUCUCCAGCUCCUCCUCCUCGGCGGCGCAGAUCUCCCACACCACCACCUCGACGGAGGACUCCCUCUCCUCCCCCUCGUCGGCGCUCACCUUCCCCGAGAAGAUACUCUCCUCCCAUACAGAGGAGGUACUCUCCUUCUCCACCUCCAAAGAGAAGAACGGCUUCGCCCCCACCCCCUCCUAAGAGAAGGGCAUCGCCAUCCCCACCACCAAAGCGCCGGGUCUCCCCCUCUCCACCUCCCAAACAAAGAAGCUCCCCAGUUGCCAAGAGACGCUCACCUUCUCUCUCAUCAAAGCAUAGGAAAGGGUCUUCCCCAAGCCGUGCUACUAGGGAGACCCGGUCACCACAACCAACCAAACGGCAUUCUCCCUCACCGCGGCCUCGAGCUCCUCAGACCUCAAGUCCUCCACCUGUUCGAAGAGGAACAUCGGCAUCACCCCAAAGAAGGCAGUCCCCAUCUCCAAGUACCAGGCCCAUUAGAAGAGUCUCCAGAACUCCAGAACCUAAAAAGACAAAAAAGGCUGCCUCACCAAGUCCACAGUCUGUAAGAAGGGUUUCCUCCUCUCGUUCUGUCUCUGGAUCUCCUGAGCCAGCAGCUAAAAAGCCCCCAGCACCUCCAUCCCCUGUCCAGUCUCAGUCACCCUCUACAAACUGGUCACCAGCGGUGCCAGUCAAAAAGGCUAAAAGCCCAACGCCAAGCCCAUCACCAGCCAGGAAUUCAGAUCAAGAAGGAGGUGGGAAGAAAAAGAAGAAAAAGAAGGACAAGAAACACAAAAAGGAUAAGAAACACAAGAAGCACAAAAAACACAAGAAGGAAAAGGCUGCUGCUGCAGCCGCUGGGGCUCCUAUAACCCCCGCAGCCAUUGCUGCCACAACCACAUCAGCACAGGAAGAAACCGAGGCAGCCACAGAGCCGAAGAAGGAGACCGAAAGUGAAGCUGAAGAUAACCUUGAUGACUUAGAGAAGCACCUGCGGGAAAAGGCUCUGAGAUCCAUGCGGAAGGCUCAAGUGUCCCCACAGUCCUAGGUGGAAACGUUUGUUAGGAUGUAAAUUUUACUUGGUUUGUACUCAAUUCAAUUUCAAAAUUGCUAAAAUGUGUUUGAGCUUUAGACUAUAACAUUUGUUGUAAUAAUUGCUAGGUUGAGGUUCACCGUGUAAAAAAAAGGGGGGGCAUGGAUUUACAUUGCAAAAGGUGUCCACAGUGUAUUAGUGACAUUCUUUCAUGAGAGCUGACAUAAAUUCAUUUAGAGUAAAAUAUUUUAAGCCAAAAAAAAAUCUCUUUUUUUAAAAAAGGGGUUUAAGUAUUGUUGGCAUUCUUAUGGUUUCUUUAAAUGCCCCUGGCUAUUCCUAGGGGGGCUUCCCCCCCUCAUUUUUCCCCCUUUUCUUUUAUCUUUACUUUGUUUUUUUUUAAUCAUUUGAGUCUUCAUGCCCAUUUAAGUUGUGCUUCCAACCUUGUAUGGUUUGUAAGCUUGUCCAGAAAUAAGACCACUGUUGAAGGUACCACAAAAGUAUAAAUGAAUAUUCUAAUGCCGCGAUCUUUCCUGUUGCCUGUGGAAUUGCUGCUGAAAUAAAUCAGGAUUUGAGCUCUAGGAUGAGACAGAAAAAUGAAAGCAUGUUUUCCAGGACACUAGGUUUAUAUGGAUGUGUAACAAGUUGAUUCGGAACAGUGGAAUUUGAUUCCAUCCUGUUCGGGUCCUGUCCCCCACCCCCACUCCCCCAGCAGCCCCCUGCCUCCUGCCCCUCCCCCCUUGUAAAGACAGUUAAUUCCUCCCAGGAAGGAUCCUUCAGCUACAUGAAAUUUUUGUUUGCUGAAAUGUCAUGGCUCCAUUCAUAUUUUUGUCUUAUUUUUCCAAUUCAGAUAUAUAAUGUUCAGAGCUCUUGUAUUGGAAGCUGGAAGGGCCCGGACUUUGAAAUAGUGUCUUGGUUUCACUGUUUUUGUUUUUUUGUUUUUUUUUUAAACUAAA